GUCCCAUUCAGGGGUGAAAAAGUUCUGUUUCCUCAUGGUGGUCUAUUUUUCCUUCCUGUGUCAGGCAUUGUGACCAGCAACGGGGAGACCUGGAAGCAGCUACGACGAUUUGCACUCAUCACUCUGCGUGACUUUGGGAUGGGGAAGAAAAGCAUUGAGGAGCGAAUCCAGGAGGAAGCUCAUUUUCUGGUGGAGAGGCUCAGGAACACACAUGAACAACCCUUCAACCCUGGCAAAUUCCUAGUCCAUGCUGUUUCCAACAUCAUCUGCUCCAUCGUCUUUGGGAAUCGGUUUGACUAUGAGGACAAGAAAUUUUUAACUUUAAUUGAGUUGCUAGAGGAAAACAACACGUACCAGAACUCUAUACAAACACAGUUAUACAAUUUCUUCCCAACUGUCAUGGACUAUUUACCUGGGCCUCAUCAAAAAUUGAUAAAAAAUAUUGAAAAAGUUGAUCAAUUUACUUUGGAAAUCAUCGCAGAACACCAGAAAACCCUGGAUCCCACUUGUCCUCGAGAUUUUAUUGAUGCUUUUCUUAACAAAAUGGAACAGGAGAAAGGGAAUGCUCACUCAGAAUUCACCGUUGAGACCUUGAGCAGGACCACGCUUGACUUGUUCCUUGCAGGAACAGGGACAACCAGCAUCACACUGAGAUAUGGACUUGUGAUUCUCCAGAAAUACCCAGAGAUAGUAGAGAAAAUUCAAAAGGAGAUUGACUGUGUGAUUGGUCGAGACCGAAGCCCCUGCAUGGCAGACCGGAGCCGGAUGCCCUACACAGAUGCUGUGAUACAUGAAAUCCAGAGAUUCAUUGAUUUCCUUCCACUUAAUGUCCCACAUACUGUGAUCAAAGACACCAAGUUCAGAGGCUAUUUUAUCCCCAAGGACACUAUGAUAUUCCCUACGCUGACUUCUGUCCUACAUGAUGGCAAGGAAUUUCCAAAUCCAGAAAAAUUUGACCCAGGACAUUUCCUGAAUGCAAAUGGUACCUUUAAAAAGAGUGACUACUUCAUGCCAUUUUCUGCAGGAAAACGCAUUUGUGCAGGAGAAGGUUUGGCUCGGAUGGAGAUAUUCAUAUUUUUAACAGCCAUGCUGCAGAACUUUACUUUGAAAUCUGUUGUGGAUCACAAGGACAUUGACAUUUCCCCAUUAGUCGCCAGUCUGGCAAAUAUGCCCGGACCUUAUGAUGUCUCUUUUCUUCCACGUUAGCCAAGUGAAGACAG